CAGCUGGACACGGCUGCCACCCAGCUCGAUCGCCUCAAGAUCCUGCCCAACAACGAGGACUGGGUCUUCGACUUCACCGCGCAGCAGCCGUGGUACAACUGGUCUCCAGGUGGUGUCACAAACAUGAACGCUGCAACCUUUCCCGCCGCCCGCGGCAACGGCCUGACACUGGCCAUGCUCAACCUUGGUGGUUGUAGCAUCCUGCCAGCUCACUUUCACCCGCGCGCUUCCAACUACGUCGUUUCGAUAGAGGGCAACACCACUACCUACAUGUAUGAGGAGAAUGGCGCUCAUACCAUCACUGCUGUCCUCACGAAGGGGAAGGCGACGAUCUUUCCGGCUGGGUCGAUGCAUACGAUGGUCAACAAUGGCUGCGAAAACGCUCAACUCGUCUCCGCCCUCAGCAGUGAAGACGCCGGCACGCUCAACAUUGGCGCAGUCUUCACCAACGGCUUCCCGCCAGAACUGGUGAAUGCGGCUCUGGGUGGUGCCUACGCAUCCCCAGAAUUUGCAGCCAAAAUCCCGCCUAUUGGCACAGGAGCGAACUAUGGCACCGAAGAAUGUCGCCAGCGAUGU